ACUUACAUAUAUUUUCUGGCUAUGAUAGGAAACAAUGUCUCUUGAAACAGUAUGGAAAGCUGCAGGAUAGUAAAUAGGAACAGUGCUGCAAAUUACUGGCCUUACAGUCUAUGCCUCCUAUUGUCAUUCUUGAAUUUACUCACUAAAAUCUUAAAAAGGCGGUGACAUUUCUCUGCUUUGGAGGAUUUGUGAAACUAGAAAACCGAGAUUUGUAAAUAGGUGACUCGGGUGUACUGCAUUUGUGAGCCCUGCUGUGAUCAAGGUUGUAUGGAUGGUAUCCUAACAAAGUAGAAGAACACUUUGAUUCAGGUCUGAAGAUAAAAGCUGAAGCCUCAAAAUUGCACAUCUAGACUUACUUAUGUGAUUACAGAUGGUCUGAAAGCUGGGCAAGGUCUGGAAAGAAGCAGACCUGACAGAAUGUGGGACUAUCUAGGUAAAUUUCAAGCUGUAAGGAGGAAUUACUAGAACUGUUUGAGUUACAAGGCUGUCAGCAGCUUCCCCAAAGGGAAAAAAGUAAAAGCAAUGGUACCUGGUACAUCAUGUAACUUGUAUUAUGGUUUUACAAGACAUGUAAUUAGUAGUUGACAGGUCUGACAAGGAGCUUAGAGAAGGAGAGGCUGACCUGAACAGGCCAAGCAGAGGAGCUGAGAUAGGGAGAAUUGAAGCAAAGACAGCUGAGGAAGUGGUUAGGGGAGACUUAUAAUUGCAUAAGCAGUAGCAAGAGGCAGAUUGAUAAAUUAUGGUUGCCUGGAUAGCACUAGAGAUUGUGUAACUGAAUGGAUACAGUCAGGGGUUGAGACAUUUGGGGAGCAGGCAAGAAACUGCAUUUGUGAAGGAUGAAAGCUAUGACAAAUUAAUUGUAAGGAGGAAGAGCUGUGCAGUGGAGGUGUGAGCAAAAUCUUGUCAUUAGCUGACCAUGCUUUGGAAUCUAUGAAAGUUUUUUUUGUCCUAGUGAAAUACCUGAAAAGUAGCUGGGAACAUGUUUUAUAUGUCUGCAUUGAUGGUCCCUGUGGAGGAAGAUAAAUGACUAUAUUUAGUUGCCUUAUAAGAUGAAGCAAUUAAGAGCCUUCUGGUUGAAAUAUAAGAGAGUCAAUAUCCUGUAACAGAACAGAUUACAUUUAUAGGUUUUGCAGAAGAGAUGGGUACUGCUCACUUGCAGGAGUUGUCAGCUGUUUCUGUAGAGCUUCCAGAUGUUCUGAAAUCACUCCAGUUGCACAGACUAAAAGAAAAUGAGGCUGUAUUUCUAAAAGACUUAAAGAAAACCUUGGCAAAACCUUAUGUCAUGAAACAUCAGAAUCAGCUUCCUGAAGUGUUUUGUGUGAUGAGACUGUCUCCAUCAUUCCCAAGGAUCAAAGCUGAUUAUAUAUUUACCUUGCUAAGCAAGUAUACCACAGGCAUAAGAUAUGCAGUGGAAAUAAACUCUUCACAAAAAUGUCAAACAGAGACAACCCAUGGUGAAGAUGAUGACACCAAUCAGUCAGUUUCUUCAAUUGAGGAUGAUUUUGUCACUGCUUUCGAACACUUAGAUGAAGAUGAACCUUCAAAGAUACUAAGUGCUGGUACAUGCAGCUUUACCUCUCAAAACCAUCGAGAUGCUGCUUCACAGACCAUCCCUGCUCAAUGUUUAGAAGCUGUUGACUCAAAGAUUCUUGUGGGUUCUGCACGUCGGAAAUCAUCUGCCAGAUCUUCUACUUUGAUUGAUAUUUUGGGACUUAAGGAGUUGUCCUCAGUAAAGAAUUCAGUUACAACCUCAAUUUCUGAUCCUUGGAUACAAAGGAGUUUCUAUAAGCCAUAUAAUCCCUCUGAUCAAGGUGUUAAUUUUUUACGUAAAACAUUGUUUUCUUCCUCACCAGCUGAAUCCUCUGAGUCAGAUUGCUCCAGCCCAAGCCCCAUCAUCUUCUUAGAUGAAGAAGGAUAUCAAAAAAGCUUGAAGGCAAAACUUCAGCUGCCAAAAAUUCCAGUAGUAAAAGAUGGUAUAGAGGAUUCAGACUCAGAAGUGAGUGAAUUUUUUGAUAGUUUUGAUCAGUUUGAUGAGCUGGAACAAGCCUUGGAAAACUCUUGUAAAAUUAUUAGGGAUCCUAUCCUAGGGAAUCCUGCCCAGAAAAGGAGGACUUCACAUGAGAAAUUGUCUUCUGCAAGCAUUACAAUGAAUCCUCAGAAAUUCAAGUUUGAUCGUCCCACUCUGCCAGCCAAUGUGAAGAAACCAACUCCUCGUAAGCCAGAAUCACCGUACAGCAGCAUCUUCGAGGUCCCGGAUUCCCCUCGCCCGGUUAAAACAUCAGGGGAAGAGAGCGGAGGCUUCUUCAGCCCCAUUAGAACAUCGGCCUUCAGCCCCCUAGGGAGCUGCGGUUCCUCCGAAUGUCUGUGUCGAAUUAAUCUUGGUGGAGAUGGGACAGGUCAAAGUCACCGUGAUGCAGCUUAUAACAGUUACUCAGCAUAUGCUGACAGUGUUUCAUGUGAAAUACUGGGUUCUGUUUUUUUUGCUGAGUCCUCAUCAGAACAAACAUGUGCAGAGAAUGAUUCAAAGCACAAAAGCAUUACUUUGAAAGAGAAGAAGAGGCAAGCUGCAGAUCUCAAAAUGAAGACUAGUAAGGAACCAGAGAAGCAAGCAAAAUCUAAACAUAAGUCACUAAUGAUAAGAGAUAGCAUUCAGAAAUUUGCAACUGAAUUGGUUGAAAAAAGUUUUGGCAGUGCAUUUAAAGACCUCCAAAAAGGUGUUUCUUCAUGCACAAAUGCGCUUUGCCAUUUGGCUGCUAGGUUGACUUCUUCAGUCUUUCAAAUGGCUUUUUACGAGAUUGGAAGACGUAGAGCAAUCGCGCUGAAGGAGCGGGCCAUUAAUGGCAUAGCAAACUUUUUGGUGAGCGAAGCUAUAACUGGUGCUUUGAAAGAAUUGCGUCAGGUAAAGAAACAAAUAUUUACCAACACCGUUGCACGCUUCGCAGCAGAUCUCGCUGAAGAACUUGUGUUUGAAGGAAUCAUGGAAGUAUGCCAGUUUUCAUAUCCAUCAACACCUACUGCACAACCCUCAUCAUUUGAUUAUGAAAACAAAGUGGUAAGAUCCUAUGCCCGAGAUUUGUCUGAAUCUGUCAUUCAGGAGGCAUUUAUUGAACUAUCUCAGGUUGAUGUGACCUUCACAACACAAGCAGCCAUUAGUGUUUCCAUGGACAAUAUCAAAUAUGUAAGUGCAGAAAGUACGUUAGAAUCAACACAGACUUCCACAGUUUCUCCUAAUUUUAAUGAUAGGGUAACACUAAAGCCAAUCCAAGACUCGAAGAAGGAAUAUACAGUACAGAAAGCUCUAUUUUGUACCUCUGGUGUUGUGAGUUCAAUACCUGUGCCCUUAGCUGGAAGAGCUCUUUGUCAGCAACAGGUUUCCUCUGAUGCUUACAAAGUGAAAGUAUCCACUGUUCCAAAUGCUGAUGACGGUAUGAAAGUAUUCAAAGAUUCCACUCAUCCAUUUUUCACAAGCAGAACAAGAGAGGAGGAAGUUGCUUCUUUCAGAAAUAUUUACCUAACUUCGGAUCACAGUCAAAGUACUGAAAGCACUCCAUCACUCUUUUGUAACCAGAAUGAUACCAAGCUAACAAAUAACAGAUUUGGAAUGAACAAUAAUUCAGAAUUAACAAGUGGGUCAAAAGGCAUUAAUACUUUCUCUGGAACUAUGGUAGAUAUGAUAGUAAAUGAAGCUUAUGAAACCAUAACCUCAUCUAGAGUAACAAAAGCAGUAGAAGAGUAUUCAGAUUUUUUAACAAGAAAAGUAAUAGAUAAAAAACCUUAUGUUCAAGGAACUGGUGAACACUCCCCCAAGAGCAUGUUUGCAGAUCAUUUGGCCAAGUAUGUCAUAAAACAAUCUGUGGAAGAAAGUAAAACUGUGUUAUGCAACACCAGUGAGAAUUUAACAUGUAAUGUGAGCUCACAGACUUACAGAGAUAACAAUCGAAAAGAACAAUGUGUGAUAAAGAAGGAAGAGGCUGAGAAACAAAGCAAUGUUUCUAUAAUUGUGGAACAACAACAGUUGCCUUUGAAUAAUCCAUGUAAAUUUCUUUCUCCAACUCAUUCUGUUCAGUGUGUUUUAGAAUCUAAAGAUUGUUGGCCGGAGCAAAAAGGAAACAAGUUUUCUUCAAAAUCACCACCACCUUGUUCCACUGUGACUUUUGCUAGGCAUGUUCUAGAGGACUGUACUGACACGGGAAGCUGUUCAAUAACUUGCUUAAACAAGCCUUCCAAAAAAAGCGAUACCCAGAAACCAUCAGCAGGAGCUUCGAAUUACAGGCAGACUGAUUGUUUUCUGCAUGCAAAUAGCUUUUCUUCAGAGAUGUUUGGCAGUGAAGAUACUUUGCAGAUAGAAGAAAAAUCAAGCCUGAAACAUGGAAAUACCUGUUUAGUGCCCGAUACACCCCCACCAACUCCUCUAGUACCAUGUCAAAGUAGUUCUGAAAGGAACCUAAGAAAACUGUCCAAGAAACUCAAGGGAGAAUUAGCAAAGGAAUUUGCACCUGCAACACCACCUUCUACACCCUACAAUCCAUCCGUUACUGAUUCAUCUGAAACUGAACACGACUCUUUGGAAAAUGAAGAAUUUAUGCUGAAACUCAUGCGGUCGCUUUCUGAAGAAGUGGAAAGUAGUGAAGAUGAAGAUCAUUCUGGAAUGCCUGUUGAGAAAGAGGAGCAUUCAGCAAAAACAAUUCAGUAUGCAGAUUGCCUAGCUAGCCACAUAAUUUCAGUAGCAACUGAAAUGGCUGCUUCCCAUUUAGGUGGUAAAACAAAUGAAAGAGAAGCUGGUAGGCCGGCUCAGUUAGGGGUGCAAAAGAAAAGAUGUGGAUAUACUGCAUUUGUAAAUAUCCCAGAAGAGACAUGUCAUUCCUUGUGGAAUUAUGCAGGUGAUAUGGCAGGAAAAGUCAUUAAUGAGGCCAACAAAGUAGUGAAAUCAAGGCAUUGCAAGCUGUUGAGGUUGAAGCGGGUUAACUGCCAGGUGGAUUGCUUUUAUGUGAGAAGAGGUGAUAAAGAUGGUAUUUCAAAAGAAUUGUGUGGCCCAGUACAGGACCAGUGGCUGGGGGAGAGAGAUUCAUCUGGGCUUCCUUUACCACAUGGUUCAGGCACAACAGGUUUGACUUCCAAGUACCCAAGCUGUGAAAGUGUGACUGACGAGUACGCAGAUCAUGUUAUCCGGGUUCUGAGAAGAGAAGGAGGUAAUGCUGAGCUCUUAGUGGAUCAGUACGCCAGCAGACUUGCUUACAGGUCUAUCAAGUCAGGCUUGCAGCAAGCUGCUAGAAAAACCAAAUUCAGAUACAGCAGAAAGACAUUUCCUGGGCAAAAUGCACAGGUAAAUGGUAAGCUGGAGCUGAUCAAAGCAGGGAAUAAAGAUGCAGUACAGCAAGUGAAAAGCAGCAUUCAUCGCUGUGAAGGUCAAAUGUUGGAGAGGAAUGUCCGCACACAGAGAACGGAAUGUACAGAGUUGCUACAUUUUUCCGAAUCCCUUGCUCACAGUAUCACUUGUGAUGUCAGGAAGAAGCUGAAAAUGUCGGGAACAUGUUUGCCAAAGUCUCUAACAGAUUCCUGUCUAUAUAAAAAGACUGAAUUUGAUGAAGUCACAGGGGAUCUCGUUAAAACAAGGUUUUCUAGAACAUUUCUUCCUUUCUCCCCCAGUCAUAAACUCUAUCAUAGUACUGGUAAUAUAAAUGAAAAUGGCUACAGUGAAGGCAUAAUUCAAGCUAUAGAACAAUAUGCUAGGAAAGUAGCAGAUGAUACUCUAGAAAUGAGUUUAGAGUCAGCUGUUCUCCAAGUGGCUGAAAACAGAAAAAAUGGGGAUAAGCUCUCAUAUACUGAGAAACUGUCUCCUUUUUCUGGAACUGUCUGUAGAUGCUGCAGUAUGAAGGAACAUCGCUACUGUACAGAAAGCAUGUCCCAUCAUCUACCUGCACAAGAAUCCUGCAUUCCAGUGAGGCAUUUUCUUCAUUCUGGAUUGGGUGGUGCCUGUCAAAAUUCAAGAGUGUUUCAGCUCGGUAUUCCCAAAAUUCACGUUGAUGUAGAACAGAGGACAGUGUUUCCUGACAAGGGGGCUACUGCGGCCGUAGAGAAAUCAGAAAGAGAGCUGAGUUACACAAGUCUGACAGCUGACAGUGGUAUUGGACAAGAUGGAGUCAGUUUUGCUGAAAGCCUUACUACUGAAAUAAUGACAUCAGCUAUGACUAAUAUUGGUCAGGCAGUUACCAUAAGCUCUGUUGGAAGAGAAGGAUUUCACUCUGUUGAAUCUGUUGUUAGCCAGCAGAUGAGUCUUAGUAUUGGUGAUGAUAGCACUGGGAGUUGGUCCAAUCUAAGUUUUGAAGAUGAACAUCCUGAUGAGAACAGCAGUUUUCUUCACCUAAGUGACAGUUCAGCUGUCUUUUCUUCUUCUCCUGGCAGUAAUGGUAACAGCAGUAGCUGGAGCAGUCUUGGUUUAGAAGGGGAUGUGUAUGAGGAGAAUUUAUCCUUUCCAACAUCAGACAGUGAUGGAACAGAAGAUAAAGAUGAAGAUUCCAAGGAUGCUGUAGAAGGUUUGGAGCAAAUGCGAAAGACUUUAUCAAUAAUGAAUAUUGAUCUGGAACCAAAUCUAGUGGACCCACAGCUCAGAGCAGCACUCCAGUGGCUGGCAGCUUCUGAAACAGAGGUGUCUGACCUUCACUUUCGUGACACUGCUGCAAGGGACUUUGUCUUUCUUUCCAGAAGACUGAGAGAAAGAGACUGGAAAGUUGGAGAUCUCUUGCAAGCAGUGCUGAAAUAUUGUGAAAUGAUAGAGACAACAUCUGAUGGAGAGCAAGCUCUAAGUAAAUCUUUGGUCAGUUGGCUUCUGGAAAAUGUCUGAAAAAUCCAAAGAUGCAACACUCUUCGCUCCAUUCCUCUUCUGAAAGGAGAUAGAAGGAACACAGAUGUGUAAAGUAAAAUUCAACUAGUGAAUGUUUAAGUAAUAGUCAGCAUUAAAAGACUUUGAGGUGAAAGUCAAAAUAGCUGUGCUGUGCUUUGUGAUACUGUGCACAUGGUAUGUUUAUUCAGUCCAUAAUCGGUGUUGUUCUCCCACGCAUAAAUUGUAUUUACUGCUGUGUUCAUACCACUGAGAUAUUUAUGAACAACCCUUGUCUAUAACCGUAGUCCACAGGAGACAGUCUCAGACAUGAUAUUCAGGAUGACUCUUUGUCCCACUCCUAUGUGUGCUGUAUUCACAGCAGGACUGAGAGCAUUGAUUUCAGCAAGAAUCUGCUCUGGAAUACCUUGCUGCAGACAGUGGAAAAAUUAUUCACCUUGGCUAGGUGUUAUGUGCCCAAGAGCAGCAUUGCCAGGAAGAAAACUGUGACCUGCCUGAGCAGCCCCUUAAUACAGCCUGGCUUCAUGACCACCUUUAUCUAUUUUAACUGUAUGUGAAGAUGGGAGAGUCUGCUCUCAAAGCUGAGGUGCAAAUGCAUGAAUUGUUGACUCCUGUAGAGCUGGUAACUUCUGGCAGAAGGGCAGAGUGAGAAGUUGAGCAUAAUUUCAUAUGUAAUUCUUCAGCAAGGUUUCCUGAAGCUUGCCAAUCAGAUAUAAAUGGCUAAAAUUUUUAGUGAGGCUUUUUGUAUACAGAAACUUCUGACAGUAAUUCUGUGUCAAAGAAUUUGUACAUUAGUCUCACACAGAUGUGUUAAAAGUAGAAGAUAGAAAUUUCUGAGGAUUUUGGCCAUCUUUUUGAAUAGUUUUAUUUCUUUAUUUCAAAGCAGUGACAUACAAAUUUUCUUUUCAUGAAUAAAGACAAUUUUGUUACUCAGUAAGCAUGGAAGAUUUUAGCAAAGAAAGCUAAUAAAAAUGUAAAGGGGAAAUAUCUUACAAAUUGGUAUUUCAUUUUUGUUAACUACCUUCACUGAACUUAUUUUAAAGGCACUUUUAAUUGAAUUGUUUUAGCAGUCUUGUCGGGUUUCUUACCAAUGCUGCUGUUAUGCCUUUCUGUCUGAAGGGAAAUCUGGACCUUCACUUAUCCUGUGGUUUGAAAAUACUUUCUGGGAUUUGUUUUUUUUAUAUAUCCUUUGAGAGAAAAAGGCAUGUGCUGGUGAUUACCAGGUUGCCGCCUAAAACUUGGCAAAUAAUAGAGCGUUACUGAUUUUGGAUGAACAAAAAAAAUCUUAAUAGCUUUUUCUCAGAAAAAUAUACUGUUGAUAUGGUACACAGUUUUGUGAUCCCAAACAAGGAGAAAUAUGGUCUCCAAAUCUAUUCCUGAGUUUUAAUAGCAUAUGUACAAUUCUGAUUUCCCUUACCCCAUGAAUUUCUAUGAAGUGUCACACUGGUAAACUCAAACUGGUAAACUUCUUGCAGUGUCUUUGUGUUUCAGGAGAGCAUUCCACUGGCCUUUGUUGCAGAGACAUGGUUGGUUUUAAUCGUCUUUUGUGAUCUGGAUUUCUGCCUUGGAUCUCACAAAGUUCACCUUUCUCACAGAGCCAAAGAUUUUUCAUGUUUUUGUAUAUGUACAUAGAUGUGUUCACACAUGUGAAUACACACAGAUAUGUUUAUCUAUAUGUGCAUGAGAUCUCACUGCUGUGAACUCCUGGUGCAAACUUCUACCACUAAAUUAAAAUUCUGUUAUGCUCAGUUUAUUUCCUCACUUCAUGUAUCAUUUCAUUGAUUGAA